AUGUCCAGCUUUGACAAGGUCGUGAAGUCGGCUUGCAAGCCAAAGGCUGCCCCGCCAAAGGCAAAAUAUCUAGAUCGAAUCAUAGCCGCGACCUGGUCCGAGGAUGGUGCCGUCUACGAUGUCUGCAAGGCACUGAUACCUCGCCUACGGGAACCAAAUGCAAUAGUCGUGUUCAAGGCAUUAAUUGUGUUACACACAAUGAUCCGCAAUGGGGCUACCGACAACGUACUCUCGCACCUCUCCUCUUCGGAGGUACUCCGUUUGCGCAAUAUUUCUGCAGGUAACAACUGGGAAGGGUAUCAUGCACCGCAGAAUUUGCAGCAUUAUGCACUUUACCUCGACUCUCGCAUCCGCGCAUUUAGGGAGCUGAAACAUGACGCGAUACGAGUGCAAUCAGAAACGAACCGUGACAUGCGCGUGAACAAUUCUAUAGAAGAGGACAUGGCAUAUACCACCGCCCCGAAGACCUCAUCUACCAAGUCAAAAGGUCCGCAGCGUAGUAAAACAGUCAUGGGUCGAAAGUUGCGUGUGAUGACCGUCGAAAAGGGUCUGCUUAGGGAAACGAAAACUGUUCAGAAAAUGAUCGACUCGUUGGUCGAGUGUCGGUUCUACUUGGACGACCUGGAAGAUGAACUUACCAUCACUGCGCUUCGCAUGCUUGUCAAGGACCUUCUGAUCCUCUUCCAAGCAUGCAAUGAGGGUGUUAUCAAUGUUCUAGAGCAUUACUUCGAGAUGUCCAAGCACGAUGCAAAGGAUGCUCUUUCUAUCUACCGUCAAUUUUGUGAACAGACGGAGCGCGUCGUGGAAUAUUUGGGCGUUGCGAAAAAGCUGCAAAAUCUUCUCAAUGUUCCGAUACCCAACCUGAAACAUGCUCCAGUGUCACUGGCAAGCUCGCUGGAGGAGUAUCUGAAUGACCCUAACUUUGAACAGAACAGAAUCGAGUACAAGGCGAACAAAGAAGCAGCUGACAGGAACGGAAAACCUCCUAACGGUACCUUUUCGUCGCCUGCACCACCUACAAGGCCUACCCCUUCUACUAGUUCCACCACCACCAUCUCCUCUGCGCCAUCAGGGUCAGGUAGCAAGGGGAACGUAGACAAGACCACGCUUGACCUUUUCAAUUCGAUAGAAGAGGAGCACCCUACUGCAAGCCCUCCCAUAAGCAGUACAAUGGCCCACAUGACCAACUCAUUCCAGCAAGUUGCGCACAACCCGUUCGUUCAGCGUCAGAUGACGGGGGCGUUUCCCACCCAUCCAACAAACUUCCCUCCGCAAUUCCAGAUGCAGCCGACGGGAUUUGUGGUCUCCCAGCCAUUUCAACCUGGUCAACGGGCGUUCCAGCCGUCUCAGUCGCUUCAACAGUCACCUCAACACCGACCAUUUUCUACUUUCUUACAAUCCACAACCAACUGGCUUCCAACCAGCAGUGACUGGAGGGUGCAACAGCAUUCAACACCGGAUUUACAUCGCCUUUCGUUCCGAACGUCUCAACCGCCUGGUCAGCUGGGCUCUGACAUGCCAUUCCAAGGGCCUCAGGCUUUCGCACCACCUAGUACACAAGGUCAACAACCAACGUUCACCACUACGGCAGGAGGACAAACCAGUUCUCGUAACUUGGCAGACGUCCCCGCGCGACCCGCAUCUACACCUCUCACGACUUUUGGUGCCGCCCAACCGGCCUUUGCAUCUCCACCCAUUGCCCAGCCAGUGAAAAGCCAUCAAACAGGCUCGCGGAAUCCCUUUGGUGUCCCGGUGUCGCCUGCCCCCCCAGUACCGAAGCCACCGACUCUCAUGGAAUUGUCGAUGGGGAUGAGGAACUUUACGGCGGAGGGCAGCCAACUUAUGGCUCAGCAGCCGCAACCAACAGGCACCCCGGGCACUUUCGGAGCGGGUUCCAGUGCUCCAGAGUCCUCGAUCUCGAGCGUUGCGUCUUCGUUUGCAUUUUCUAAGAAGCAGGAAUAUGGCUCUGGACCCCCAAGCAGUAAUUUAAACGGCGUCGGGUUGAAUCCUCACAUGACCGGGACAACGGGUUCCACCUUCCAAGAUUCCUUGUUCUCUUCGUUUUCACCACUGUCAUCCCAGCCUACAGGUGCUACAAUCACAUCUUCAGCAUCCUCAAUCUCAGCGCUGCUGAAGCCGCAGAUGACUGGCAUGGCUGGAUUAAAACCAUUCAAGCCAACCUCUAGUUUUGGUGCUGCCCUACUGGAAUCGCUUCCACCAAUCCCACAAUCGACGGCCGCCACACCCGACGUCACGGGAAUACCGGGACCAACACACACUUCCACGCCAUCCUUGCCAACCACGUUUGCGCCGAAUAGCUCCAAUUUUUCCAGCAAUCCAACUGGGGGUGCUACUGGGAGUCUCACUUCACAACCCACCGGUAUGCUUUCCGCUUUCCCACCUCAUAACGGUGGGUCUACAGUGGGUGUCGGCCUCAGGCCACAAGUCACCGGGACCCCAGGGGCCGCGAAUCCCUUCCGCUCGACGAUGUUCGCCACUUCUCCCACGAAUAUGACCAAUUCACUUACGUUGCCUCCCGCUUCAACACCGCAAAUGAAUGGAAGCCUGAGCGGUACUUCUGCGCUGGGUGUAGGAUUCGGAGGAAGCAACGCCUUUUCGGCGGGGUUUGGUACUAGCGACCCGAAUGCCUUGAAAGCGCAGGCCGGACCGUCUCUCAUUUGA